AUGACGACGGCACACCGCGCGACCUGGUACACCGCUCGAGGGCACGAAGAACAAGGCGGCGCGAGAGUUUUUGCACCGUCGAAAAUGCGGUCGAAAUUAGACGCCCCGGGAAUGUUGACCAUGAAGACGAGGUGGAAAACGAAAGAGGAAGAAGAGAUGGAAAGUUUACGAACGAACGACAACAACACUAAUAACGAAGACGAAAAGAUGACGACGAUGCGAAUGAAGUUAUUGGAGAAAGAGAGAGCGCACUUUCGGAAGAAGAAGAUGGAACGGCAGAUUAUGGGGAGCGAAAAGGAGGAGGAAGAAGAAGGAGAAGAUCAGCGAGGGAACAAGAACAGAUUAAGAAUAGAGGCGGGAACGACGCGAAGCGCGUUUCAAGCCAACCCGGACGACGCGGACGACGACGAUUCUGAGAACGAAGGAGAUAACUCAGACGACGACGGUGAAAAGAAGAAUUCAGACGACGAGGAAAACGAGUCAGAUUCCGACGACGACGAGUCAGAUUCCGACGACGACGCGGCGGCGCUGAUGGAAGAACUCGAACGCAUCAAAGCGCAACGCGCUUUGGAAAACGAACGAAAAGAACGCGAGCGAGAACAUCUCGAAGAGAUGGAGCAAAGAGACGCGUUAAAAAUGGGCAACCCUUUGUUAAGAGAUGAAAUGGCGGACGCGAACGACGGCGGCGCAGGCAAAAAGAAAUCAUCAGCCACUUUAAAGCGACGAUGGGACGACGACACCGUCUUUCGAAACCAAGCGCGGGACGAGCCGAAACGGGAGAAGAGAUUCGUCAACGAUACCAUACGAAGCGAUUUCCACAAGAGGUUUUUGAACCGUUACAUCAAAUAA